AUAAAAUGGCUCAAGUCUGCCUUAAAGAGCCCCACUGAACAGCCUGCUCCUUCAGUUUCACGGAUUGACCCAUCCUGGGCCUUGUUCCCCACAGAAUGGGUCUGCUCCAACUGCUGGUACUCUGUAUCCUGGCCACCUGCUGCAGGGCUGUGUCUCCACCCAGGGAGAUUCCGAAACCUGCACCACUGGUCUCUCGGGGCUGCAAGGACUCAGAUGUGCUGUCAGUCGCAGGCUUAGCUCUAGAGGAUAUCAACAGACAACAAAAGGAUGGCUAUGUGUUGGCCCUCAACCGAGUGAAGGAUGUCUGGGAACAGAGACAGGAUGACCUGGGAUCCCUGUUCUACCUCACUAUGGACGUUCUGGAAACCAGCUGCCAUGUGCAGAGCAGGAAGUCAUGGAAGGACUGCAGUGAGAGGCCCUUGCAUGAAUCAGUUUAUGGCAAAUGUAAAGCAAUGUUUUACAUUAACAUGCCAAGAAGAAUUCUCUAUUUACCUGCUUAUAACUGUACUCUUCGCCCAGUUUCUCGGAGAAAAAUUUACAAUGUGUGCCCUGACUGCCCAAGCCCAGUUCCCGUUGACUUGUCGGAUCCCAGAGUUCUAGAAGCUGCCACGGAGUCUCUUGCAAAAUACAACAAUGAGAGCACCUCAAAGCAGUAUUCUCUCGUCAAAAUCACCAGGGGGUCAAGUCAGUGGGUGUUUGGGCCUUCUUACUUUGUGGAAUACCUAAUCAAAGAGUCACCCUGUACCAAAUCCCAGGCCAGUAGCUGCACACUCCAGUCCUCUGAUUCUGCACCCGUUGGUCUUUGCGAAGGUUCUCUGGCUCAAAGAGCAUCAGAAAAAUAUGUCUCUGUGACUUGUGAUUUAUUCCCACCGCAGGUUCAGUCCCCUGGAGGCGACAACGUAGAAGAGCCCCCAAAAAGAAAUGCAGUCUCCUCCGAGGCUUCCUACAAAACUGCACCCACCUCCAUCCAGUACCUUCCUGACCUGGUUGAUGAGAAGCCUGAAGAUCCCCAGAGCACAGGCCUUCAGGAGGCCUUCCCAGUGCAGCUGGAUCUAACCACCAAUCCCCAGGGAGACACGCUGGAUGUGUCCUUCCUCUUCCUAGAACCCGAGGAGAAGAAGCUGGUUGUCCUUCCUUUCCCCAAAGAAAAGCAGCACUCUGGUGAGUGCCCAGGACCUGCCCAAAAUAAUAGCCCUCUUCUCCUCCCACCCUGAGAAUCACAGAGAAGUUUCCUUGGGGAUAUAGUACCCUGUGUGAGAUGAGAGGUGGUGGGACAGGAUGGAGAAAGAACGGGUUCAGAUGUAGAAAAUAGCUAAUAAAGUGUGG